AUGAGGAUCGAUCUAGUAGAAGUUGAAGUAUCGACGGAGGAUAGCCCGUCUACCACAGCUGCUACCACCACCGCCGCCACAGUGGAUAGCAGUAGCAUGGAUAGCACAGACGACUACGAUGGAGUCGAGGCCGAGUUGACAAGCCUCUCCUGGUUGCAGUCCCUGGAUAUUACUAGCGCGUCCGGCUUGCCGACGCCACCCUGUUCGCCAUCGCCGCCGCCGAUCAUCCGCCAACCCCCGAAGAAAUUGUCGCCUUUGAUCAAAGCUGAACUAGAUCUGGCGGAAAAUGCUGAGAAAUAUCGAACAGAUCCCGAUGCGAAACCACCGUUUUCCUAUGCCACUAUCAUUUGCCUUGCGAUGCGCGCCAAUAACAAUAAGGUCUCCCUUUCAAACAUCUACGCAUGGAUUCGAGAAAAUUUCUUAUUUUACAAGUAUGCUGAUCCAGCCUGGCAGAACUCAAUUCGACACAAUCUCUCGUUGAACAAGUGCUUCUUGAAGCUGCCACGUUCCAAAGACGAGCCAGGCAAGGGUGGUUUCUGGAAGCUGGAUCUCGAAAGAAUGGAGGAAGGCAAACGGUCUAGGCGCCGUUCUGCGAUCUCGCAGCGGACUCGAAGUACAAAGAGGCAAUCUCCUACUAUGACGACAACAACGACGACGACGACGACGACAACGGUAGCGUCAGCGACGACGCUCAAUGUUCUUCAGACCAGCAGCAGCUGCACGCCGCCCACCAGCUGUCUGUCGAAUACACUGUAUGAGACCCCGCCUAGUAGCGUGUCACCCCCCAUAACGGACAAUCUGUCGGAAGUGCCGGAGUCCACGCAGGUGAGCUUGAGCGAGGACGACUUCACGAGUUUGUUGAUUGCCGGUUGGGACGAAAAUAAUCAGCUGGAGCUUCUCGAUCUGUUGGACACCCUCUAA